AUAAUGCCCCGCUCGUUUUACCGGCGGUGGAAGAGAAAGUGUGCGAGAGAGACACAGAGCAAUAUCUGAAUCUGAAAUCGUAACCUUGGUGUUCCUGUUGCGUUGAAACCCUAAUCUGGAAAUUGAAGUGUUGAAGGGAAGAACAAGAUGGUUCUGGCGGAGUUAGGGGGGAGCAUUUCGCGUGCUCUCCAGCAGAUGAGCAAUGCGACGGUGAUCGACGAGAAGGUGCUCAACGAUUGCCUCAACGACAUCACUCGCGCUCUUCUCCAAUCCGAUGUUCAAUUCAAGCUUGUGCGCGACAUGCAGACUAACAUCAAGAACAUUGUCAACCUCGACGAUCUGGCUGCGGGGCACAACAAACGCAGGAUCAUUCAACAAGCUGUGUUUAACGAACUCUGCAAGAUACUGGACCCUGGGAAGCCCUCUUUCACUCCCAAAAAGGGAAAAACAAGUGUCGUCAUGUUUGUUGGUUUGCAAGGUUCUGGGAAAACCACAACCUGUACAAAAUACGCAUAUUAUCAUCAGAAGAAAGGCUGGAAGCCAGCUCUAGUAUGUGCGGAUACUUUCAGAGCUGGUGCAUUUGAUCAAUUGAAGCAAAAUGCAACCAAAGCUAAGAUCCCUUUCUAUGGAAGCUAUAUGGAAUCUGAUCCUGUAAAAAUUGCAGUGGAAGGUGUGGAGAGAUUCAAGGAAGAAAACUGUGAUCUUAUAAUCGUUGAUACCAGUGGGAGGCACAAGCAAGAAGCUGCUCUUUUUGAAGAAAUGCGGCAAGUUUCAGAAGCAACGAAACCAGAUCUUGUUAUAUUUGUUAUGGAUAGCAGUAUUGGUCAGGCUGCUUUUGAUCAAGCCCAGGCGUUUAAACAGAGUGUUGCAGUUGGAGCUGUAAUAGUUACCAAAAUGGAUGGCCAUGCAAAAGGUGGUGGUGCUCUUAGUGCUGUUGCAGCAACAAAGAGUCCUGUCAUAUUCAUUGGAACUGGAGAACAUAUGGAUGAGUUUGAAGUUUUUGAUGUUAAGCCAUUUGUCAGUCGUUUAUUAGGAAUGGGUGACUGGUCUGGGUUCAUGGACAAAAUUCAAGAAGUUGUGCCUAUGGAUCAACAACCCGAACUACUUCAAAAGCUGUCAGAAGGAAACUUCACCUUGAGAAUUAUGUAUGAGCAGUUUCAGAACAUACUUAAAAUGGGUCCUAUCAGCCAGGUGUUUUCUAUGCUUCCCGGAUUUAGUGCCGAAUUAAUGCCAAAAGGCCGUGAGAAAGAAAGCCAGGCAAAAAUCAAGCGUUACAUGACAAUGAUGGAUUCAAUGACAAACGAAGAGUUGGAUAGUUCAAACCCAAAACUCAUGAAUGAAUCACGUAUUAUGCGGAUAGCCCGAGGUGCAGGUCGCCAAAUUAGGGAAGUGAUGGAGAUGAUGGAAGAGUACAAACGUCUUGCAAAAAUAUGGAGCAAAAUGAAAGGGCUUAAAAUACCGAAGAAAGGUGAAAUGAGUGCCCUAUCCCGAAAUAUGAAUGCCCAGCACAUGAGCAAAGUCCUCCCUCCGCAAAUGCUGAAACAAAUUGGUGGCAUGGGUGGAUUACAAAACUUGAUGAAGCAGAUGGGAUCUGCCAAAGACAUGAUGGGAAUGGGAGGAUUGUUUGGUGGUGGCGGUGAUUAGUUGAGUUGACAUUUUAGUCAGACAUUUUAGUUCUUUUCAACUAGACUUAGUUGAUCAUCUUAUGCAGUUCAAUCAGCGAUGUCUCAUCUGCAACAUUUGCAACUGUUAUUGUAAAAUUAUAUUUUUCCCUGUGUGUAUAUUAUUUAUUUAGUUUACAGAGCAAUCAUAGAAAUUUUGCUAAA